AAUGUCUGACAAAUCUACAGACGAACAACUUCUGGCUCGUGUAUUUCUUGAUCUUGAACUUAACCUUAAACAAGAAAUUCGUCAAAAUAGCGCCGUGAAGCUUGCAAAAAUGGCCAAGUAUUAUAAGCAAGAGGAGAAUCAAUUAAUGUCGAUUGAGGAAAAGCGGAAGAAUAACAGUGGAAUGGAAAGCCUCGCCGAGGCGAUCAACCGAUACGGCAAUCCGAAUCAGCGUGCACAGGGCCCGGGUUGCGCACGUUGUGGUGGAGGCCAUAAGACCAGCGAGUGCCCUAGCGGGGGCACUGGGCGGCGUAGAGAUGAUGGGUCGACUGCCAUCGUUGGCCACUCUCUACGCUGCUUCAGCUGCGGAUUACAAACGUCAACUCAUACUACUGAGAAUUGCCCGAAGACGCAUCCUGACGCGCGGGGGCCAGGACACCAUAAUAGGUGCUGGAAUUGUGGAGUUACGGGACAUCAGGCCAACUUUUGCCCCAAGCCACGAUAUUCUGCUGGAGAUUGUGCUAUGGCACGAACUCGUCAGGAUUAGCCGCUGCGGGG